AUGGAGAGGCAGCUUUGGCAAAGAGCUCUCAGAGCGCCACCCACUACUCGAUUGGCUGCCACCCAGCGACCUAUUCCAAUCCUCCAUCCCCAGUUCAUACGACAAGCAAGCUCGGUCCCAACAGUCGCCCAGCCCGCGUUCUGGAAGUCCUUAAUACCGAAGCCCUGGCGCCCACGCGAGAAGUCGACAAUCGACUGGGGCACGCCCCCUACGAAGCUCAAGAAGCCGCCCAAGUCGAAGGAGUGGAAUCCGGCUACAUACUUCAUCGUCAUAUUCCUCUUCAUUGGAUCCAUGUCUAUCCAGAUGAUUGCGCUGAGACGAGACUUCGCUACGUUCACGAGAAGAGCCGAGGUCCGCAUCGGGCUGCUGCGUGAGGUGGUGGAGAAGCUGCAAAAAGGUGAAGCGGUGGAUGUUGAGAAGACGUUGGGCACAGGCGAUGCCGAGCAGGAGCAGGCAUGGGACGAGAUACUGAAGGCCAUUGAACGGGACGACAAGAACGCCAGAAAGGCCGAAAGGACGAAACAGUCACCAUCCACGUCAGAGAGAAUAGAACCAGAAGCCGACUCGACACCAGCGCAGGGGACGGAUCAAGCCAAAGCCAAAGCUGCAAGCUAUUCGAGUUUCUUCUAG